AUAAUGUCGUACAAAGAGUCCAAAGCUUACAAAUACUUUCGUAAAGUGCUGGCGUUUUUAAUCAAACAAUGGUUCUUCAUCAUGUUGGCAGUUUUCAUCGCCUUGGCCCAUUCAUAUCCAAAUUUUGCCAAACAAGAGGGGACUAUCAAGGCCCAAUAUACCAUUGAAUACGGGGCAGUUGCAGUGAUUUUCCUUAUUUCCGGGAUCUCGAUGUCCACCAAAGAUUUGGCUAAAAAUAUGUUACAUUGGCGUGCUCAUUUCACCGUUUUGUCCCUAUCAUUUUUGAUCACUAGUGCCAUCAUGUUUGGCAUAGUGACAGGAGUUAAAUCCGCCAAUAACGAUAAUAUCGAUAAUUGGAUGUUAGUUGGAUUAAUUGUAACCCAUGCUUGCCCCACCACCGUGGCUUCAAAUGUCAUCAUGACGAAACAAGCGCAUGGGAAUGAUGUCUUAACCUUGUGUGAAGUGUUCUUGGGGAACAUUUUAGGGGCUUUCAUCACUCCAGCACUCAUUCAAAUGUAUUUGAAAGGCCCUUGGGAAUUUGGGAAUCCUACAAAUCUGGCAGGUGAUGGUAGUAUUGGUAGUUUGUAUAAACUGGUUAUGAAACAAGUGGGACUUUCAGUAUUUGUCCCACUUUUCGUGGGGCAAGUUAUACAAAAUAUUUUCCCCAAACAAAGUAAAUGGUGUGUUCAAAAACUUUAUUUAGGUAAAGUUGGAUCUGUCAUGUUACUUUUAAUUAUGUAUCAAUCAUUUUCAACCGCUUUUGCCCAAAAUGCUUUCAAUCUGGUACCUCCAGCAUCAAUUAUAUUUAUUGUAUUUUUCAACAUUGGGAUUUAUUUAUUUUUCACCAUGAUAAGUUUUUAUUAUUCACGUCCAUUAUUCAUUAUCAAGGUAUUUUAUCCCACCAAACCAACCAAAGAAAGCACUAGAAUGUAUCGUUGGGGGUACAAGAUGUUUACCCCAUUCUAUUAUAACAAGAGAGACACCGUUGCAGUGAUGCUUUGUGGUCCUGCCAAGACUGCUGCAUUGGGUGUUUCACUUGUUUCAUCUCAAUAUGGAUCAAAUAAUCCUAAUUUAGGGAAACUUUUAGUACCACUUGUAUUAUAUCAAGCAGAACAAGUGAUGACUGCACAAGUAUUAGUAACAUUUAUGAAGAGAUGGGUUGAAGCUGAAAAGAUUCCUGAUGAAGAGGAACAAAUAAAUGAUAAAGAGGACAAUGAAGUAAAGGAAAAUGAACCACCAAUGGAAGAACAAGUUGAAGAACUGGCUCAAGAAGGGUCCGAUUCAACCGUAGCCUAUAGUCGAUCAUCCGAAGAGAACACUAAAGGUUAA